AUUAUUAUUAUUAUUUGGCAGGUUAUAGAGCUUAAAGUGAGAAUGUGUUGCGAAGGCUGCGAGAGGGUUGUCAAGCAUUCCCUGCACAAGCUCAGAGGCGUGGACUCGGUGGAGGUGAACUUACCACUAGGGAAGGUGACGGUGACCGGCUACAUAGACCGCAACAAGGUACUGAAACAAGUGCGGCGGAGCGGGAAGAAGGUGGAGUUCUGGCCCAACCCCGACCUCCCCCUCUUCUUCACCAACGCCACCAAUUACUUCCACGACGAACAAUCUUACCGCGACAGCUACAACUACUGGCGCCAUGGCUACAACAACAGCGACAAGCACGGCAACCUUCCGGUCAACCGCCGCGGCGAGGAUCCGGUCAGCAACCUCUUCAACGACGACGAUGUCAACGCCUGUUCCAUCAUGUGAUGGUCGAGCCGAGACCAUCUGAUUGGGGAUGGAGGGCUCAGAUGGGUUCCAAUUGUGUAUAGUCAAC